AUGAUCGCUCUGAAGUCGACCCAUCGAGCUGCUGCGCUAACGACCCUGCUGCUCCUGCCGAGUAUCCUCUGCAAACAAGAACUUGUCCAGAUUCAAGUGAUAACUCGACAUGGUGCACGAACAGCCCUGCCAAAGACAAAGAAGUUGCUUGAGGGGGGUAGCGCCCUGACGCCUCUGGGAGAGAAGCAACAUUACGACCUGGGACUAUGGUUGCGCAAAAGAUACAUCUCGAGUAAGGACGAUCCCCUGCGCCUGUCUAAGUUCGAUUACACCAAAGUUUACUUGAUGAGUUCUGAAUUCGACCGUACUAUGGUGUCUGCGACAUCACUCUUGACAGGACUUUUCCCCGAGGACAGCAGGAACAAUGAUGUGAUGGGUUAUUCUCUGCUCCCUGCAGGCACGCCUCGAGCAAACAUCCCGCUGCAUGUCAAGGAGAACGGAAGAGACAUCACGAUCCGAGCAUACGACAAGUGCCCGUCCUUUGUGCAAGACCUGCAACGCUUCUAUGAAACCCCGGAGUUCAGGACCAGACAGCAGGAGCACAAGGAUAGUGGACUCCUCUACAAGGUUGCCAAGUCGGCGACCCUGCAGAAGUAUGCUGAGGCUGACGAGGACGGGAGACACUUCAUACCGCUGACAGAGAUCUGGAAUGCUUUUGACGAGAUCAAUGUCGCCAAGACAGAGUGCUCGGAUGAUGCCGCCGGCAGCGGCACGUGCAAAGCUUUGACUGAGCCGUCAUUGCAGAACUUGCUGUCUGAAAGCGAGUGGUUGGAGCUCAAAAAGCUGGCGUUCUGGGUGGAGGCGAAGAAAUACGGACGGGAGAAUGCGGGGUCUAGACUGGGAAACAUUAUGUUGGAUAUUCUUCGAAGGAUGGGACCUGUGCUGAAGGAUGGCGAAAUCGUGACCACGAAAACUCCUGAAGAGCUCGACUCCUUUGUGCUUUACUCAGCCCACUACGCCACAAUCUUGGGAGCUCUUGCAGCUUUGGAUGUCUCUGCAUUUAAUGGUGACUUUCUGAAGGACAGAAUUCCGGAAUACGCCGCUGCUUUAAUAUUCGAGCUCUAUUUCGACAGCGAGACAAAAAGUUACUCGGUUCAAGUCUUAUUCAAGGACGGCGGGAAAGAAUCAGCAGAAUACCUUGCGCUGCAAGAAGACUGUGGCAAGACUGGGCCUUGUCCUCUCCAGGUGCUUGUGAAGCGGCUUCAGCAGAUGGGAUACGACGACGACCUUGGCUGGUGCAGGGUCUGCUCAAAUUCCGAUUCUGAAACUUGCCAACUCGGACGCUACCGAUCCACCCCGUACAGCGCACACAUCGCGGCGGCAGCACUCAGUAGCUCUGCUGGAGUGAUCUUGUUGUUCUGCUUGCUCUCGUUGCUCAGGAGGCGAUACAACCGCUACCUCAACGAUCGCCGAGCAAAAGCGCUGGACUCGAGUCAACUUGAGACUCUUGAACUCAAAUCGCACAAACGGGCUGAGCCUGAGGAUCGCUCGCAAGUCCAAGCGACCUCGACUACUCCUUCCUAUGAUGUCGCAUGA